UUACAUUAUAAGCUGUAACACUCUCAUUCGCAAAACAUACAUAACACAAUUUCUACCCAAAUCUGUGUUAUUAUGAUUUUGUUCCAUUCUCUCCACCUCUUCAUCAUCUUCAACUCCAACAAUUCCCUUUGAUUCAUUCAUUCAUUCAUUCAUCAUCAUGGGUUACCUCAAUCUUUCUUGCAAAGCUGAAUCAUCAAUCUCAACCUCAAAUUCUCUAUCAUCAUCAUCAACAUCAUCAAAACCAAACAAAGAUAAAGACAAAGAAAAAACCAUCAAGAUCCAACAGUUUCAAUACAGUGAUCUUGAAGCAGCAACAAACAAUUUCUCAAACAACCAACUUCUUGGUAAAGGUAGUCAUGGUUAUGUCUACAAAGCAAUUGUUCAUGGUAAACCUGUAGCUGUAAAAAGACCAUCAAGACCUCACUCUCUUCUCAAUCAUAACAGACCCAUCUCAUCAUCUUCACCUGAAAUCACCAAUGAAGUCGAUAACGAAAUCGAUAUUUUAUCGAAAAUUCAAAGUCCCAGGUUGGUUAAUCUUGUUGGGUUUACAAAUGAUUCAAAAGAUAGACUUUUGGUUGUUGAAUUUAUGUGUAAUGGUACCCUUUUUGAUGUUCUUCAUUCUUCUUCAAGAACCCUUAAUUGGGGUAGAAGAAUUCGUUUAGCUUUUCAAACUGCUAAAGCUAUUGAUAUACUUCAUUCAUCAAAUCCACCUGUUAUUCAUAGAGAUAUUAAAUCUGCUAAUGUUCUUAUUGAUCAAAAUUAUAAUGCUAGAUUAGGUGAUUUUGGUUUAGCAUUAAUGGGUUUUGAUAGGGUAAGGUCAACUCCACCUGCUGGUACAAUGGGUUAUCUUGAUCCUUUUUAUGUUACACCUGAUAAUUUGAGUACUAAAAUUGAUGUUUUUAGUUUUGGGAUUUUGUUGUUGGAGAUUAUAAGUGGUAGGAAAGCAAUUGAUGUUGCUUAUUCGCCGCCAUCGGUUGUGGAUUGGGCUAUUCCACUUAUUAAGAAAGGGAAAAUUUUUGCUGUUUAUGAUCCUAGAAUACCACCUCCUAAGGAUGCUUUUGUGAGGAAACAAUUGGCUUUGAUUGCGGCGAAAUGUGUUAGGUCUUGUAGGGAAAGAAGGCCUUCGAUGAACGAGGUUGUUAAUUGGCUUUGUGGGUUGUGUAAAUUGGUUCCGAAUCAUUCGUGGAAUGGUUUUAAUAUUAAUAACCCUUGUAUGAUGGUUGAAAAUGUUGGACGUCCGGUUGAACCGAGAAAUGGUCAGUUACGUAGUUCGAGGUUUGCGGAAGAAGGGAAUUUUGGUGGUUCGGUGGAUGCUAGAUUGUCGAAGUCUGCAUUGAGAUAUUCGAGGAGAGUGUAUUCGGAUUUGGGGUUUAGUAGUAAUUUAAUGGAUCUUAUGGCUACGACUGAGGAGGCGGAGUUUAUACGAGAUGCUGAUGGUGUUGUUCAACCUAGUUCUUCUAAAUCAGUUGAACAAGUUUCUAGUUCUAGAUUUGGCAGUGGAAGAUAUUUUGCAAGAGGUAAAAAUCUAUACCGGCCUUGUGGUACUGAUAAAGAUGCUUUUGGGUUGAGUAAAGGCCAGAUUGUUGGGGAGAAUUCUUCAAAUUUAAAGCAGGAUGAGGUUUCUGAAUCAACUUUAACUUCUCUUGCAACUGAGGUUAUCUAGUUAUUGCAUAAACAUUUCGAUUGGAGUGAUGCUUAGGCUUGUAAGCUAUGUAGCACUGACAUUUCAGAUUGAAGGCAUGUUCCAUAUCUGACACCGACUCAUGUGGUUACAUUCAGGCUCAACUAUUCUAUUUUCUCAAAUUAUUACUGGUGUCAAUGUUUCAGACUGUCAAUCUAGUGUCCGGCCAGUGUCAGUAUCCGUGUCAGUGUUUCAUAGCUUGUAAGCUAUCUUGCUUGCAAAUAAUACUUGUGUAGAUUUGUUGUUAGUUCAUUAUUUGUGGAUUUCAGAACUGACAUGUUGAUUUAGUGAUAGGUAUUUUGGAUUGAAGGGCACAUUUCUUAUGUUCCCUUAAAACUGUUCAAAAAUCUUUGUCAAAGGUUUUGUUUUCAAUUUUCAAUCUUGUAACAAAUGCAAAAGCCAAUGUAUGAUUCAGUAACACAUACUAAUGUUAUUUUACACAUACAUGAAUCUGCUGCUGAAAAAAAUUGUAAAAAAUUUCAAUUGCUUGAUAUUGAAUAACUUGUUUGUAUGUAACUCAAAUAAAUUUUCAAUAUUAUUGCUCUGCCUUGGUCCUUUUUAUGGACGAAGUGAUAA